CCCGAUUACCAGUCGUAGCGGCUGAUAGUCCGAUUCAAGUCACAUCAACAAUUCGGAUGAUGAACUGGCCUCAGUACGUGACUGCUGACCUGGCCUCGAUGUCUACGUCUGUGCAUGGGCAUCUUACUGCUAUUCCAAGCCCAGGGCAUAGAACCCAUCGACGCCUUGUGAAGUUGGCGGAUAAGACCGAACCAGCCGACUGUCCGCGAAUGAAUGCUCAUCACCAAUUGGAGCCUAUGCCUGCUCCCCGAGUGCAACAUACAAAGCCUCGGCAGCGGCUUGCUAAGGUCUCCGUCACUAAGAAAAGGGAGACCGCAAAAGGAAGGUCCUUUUUCCCCCAUCAUAGUACCUCGGCCAAAGGGUUAACGACUGAAGCUAGCGGACAAGAAGGUUUGGACAACUCUCCUCCUGUCGGCUCGAAUGUGUGGACACACUCUCAGCCUCAAGAGGUGUCUGUCUCGGCUCACUGCCGCCUGGUCACUGCUAUGGUGGAUGGGUCGAAACAUUCAUCUGCCGUGGAGGAUUCAUCAUCUAAAGAUGACGCUGGGUGCUUUGAAGUGAGGAGCCAAAGGCCAACCACAAAGCUAAAUCAUGUGCGUGGCACUAAUGAUGGCUUGGUGCGUAAGGUGGCUGAGGCUGGAGGGGCCACAGUCCACACUAGAAUGAAGGAUGCUACUGGUGGGUUGUCACUGGGACUGGAUGAGUAUGGCUCAAGUUUGACCGAUCAUGAGAAAGGAGGACGCAAGCAGACCGUCCAUGAGAUGGAUGGAGACAUUGUGGAUAACCCUACCCCCAAGAAACAAUUCAUUGAAGAAGAUAAUAGCAAUGAUCAGGUGGAGGAAGCCAACCUAGAAUGGUCUCAGUCGGAUAAAUGAGGAUUCUAGCCUGGAAUGUGAGAGGAAUUGGACCAUCACUCACAUUCCAAACAGCUGUAGGAUUAAUUCAUUCCAAUAAAUCGGAUCUCGUGUUAUUUUCGGAUGCAUGAUCGAGCCGGAGAGUCGUGUCCCGUCGUAUGAGGGGUUUGGAGUUUCAUUCUUCCCACUGUUUUUUUUAAUGCGGUUAAUGCAUCAGGUGUUCUAGUCGUAGCUUGGUCCUCUGAAGUCACCGCUUCACUGUUUUUCAUUCCUCUUUUUGUAUUGGAGUCCAAAUUAAUGAAAGUGUUUUUUCAUA